UCUUUUACGUUAUCCCCAAGCCGUUAGUUCUGACAUGGAGAAAGAUAAAAGUGACGUCACUUCCGCCUAAGAGAACAUACCACAGUGUCGUUCGAGAUCACACUGACACGGUUUCCUUGGAGUAAACGUACAGAGUGCUGAUUUUCUCACUUUCUAUGUUCUCCUCCUUUUUAAUGUAUUUAAUUGUAGAUUUUCUUUGAAGGAUGGCAAAUGAGAAGAAAUGUAGAAACUCCCCUCUGUUUAAGUCCGAUCAUACUUAUACUAAACAGCCUGCUAUACAAUCCGCGCUUCCACCUGUGGUUCUGCCCCGGGAUCAUAUCGGCUGGUCCAUCAUUAACACGGUUUAUAUGAACUUCUUCUGUCUGGGCGCCGUGGCUUUAUAUUUCUCAAUAAAGUCAAGGGAUCGCAAAGUAGUCGGCGACUUGGAGGGAGCACGAUACUAUGGAUCAAAAGCUUGCUGCUUCAAUGUCACAGCUUUAGCUGUGAGCUUCCUGUUCUUCCUGAUCAUUCUCAUCCUCGUCAUUUUCUCUGUCUCAGUGAUUUCUGGCAAGAGCUUCAGCCUGGAACUCAGCAGUCCACAGAAUUAGAUCUCGUGCUUUCAACAAUUCUG